UCGACCUUCGCUAGCGCGAUGCCAGCGAAUAUUGUUUUCGCAAAAUAAUUACGCGAUCCGCGCGCUUUCGAAAAAAAAAAGCUUGUUGUGUGUUCAACACACAAUUCUGUCGGACGUGGAAUUUGGAAUUUCGGAAAAAUGAUUGAUUCGUAUAUGACUGACGAGAAUAGAUUUUUGUUUUAUGCAGUUGUUUAACUUAGAGUGAAAAAUGGGGAAGUUUUGGAAAAUUCAAAUUUUUAUUCAGUUAGAGUAGUUGGAUUCAGCUGCGCCCCAAUGAAAUAUGACCGACCACAGUGCCACAAUGCCAAAUUACACCUACUGCGACCUCGAAAACUUCAAAAGACACUACAAAGAGAACAUUCACGGUUAUUUAAGCUUGACGGUGUGCGUUUUGGGAUCCGUGGCCAACAUAUUCAACAUCUGCGUGUUAAGGACAAAGCAAAUGCGAUCUCCUACUAAUUACAUUCUAACCGGCUUAGCAAUUGCCGACCUUUUAGUAAUGCUACAAUACAUACCCUUCACAAUCCAUAGAAAUUUACAUAAUACCCCGGUGUAUUAUACGCAUUUUAAUUACAUUUGGGCGGUUUAUUAUAAAUUCCAUUCGCUUUUUACUUUAGUGCUACAUUUUAUUGCUUGUUGCUUAACAAUAAUCUUAGCUAUAUGGAGAUACGUGUAUGUUUCGCAAAUACAUGCGAGUAAAAUAUGUUCGGACCAAAGAAAUACUUUUAUAGUGAUUGUGAUAACCUAUAUAGUGUGUCCCCUUUUGUGUUUUCCAAUGUUUUCUACAUUGGAAGUUACUGAAUAUAUGCAAACCUGUGAUAUGUCUGGAAUUAUAGUACUUAAAGAAGACAGACACAAAUUUAACCAGUCGCAACUCAAAAACGAAACAAUUUAUAUUUUAUACCCCAACGACCCAUGGCAAUUGAGCAUUUGGGUGUACAGCUUAGUUCUAAAACUCCUGCCAUGCUUAUUAUUGAGUAUACUUUCCUGCAAAAUCAUAGCAGCUCUUGUAGAUACCAAAAAGCGUAGGACAAAGUUAUUGAACUCCUGCAACCCGUUGGAAGAUAUGAGCAGACAAAGGAGCAAGUCUAACUUUAUAAAGCUUUAUAAAGAGACUCAAGCUGACAGGACUACAAAGAUGCUAUUGGCUGUGCUGAUUUUGUUUUUGCUAACGGAAUUUCCUCAGGGGAUUCUCGGGCAAAUCAGUGCCAUUUAUGGAGAUGUCUUUUUGCAAGAAUGCUAUACGGCGUUAGGUGAAAUCAUGGACAUCGUGGCACUUAUAAACUCCUCCAUUAAUUUCAUACUCUACUGCACCAUGUCCAGACAAUUUCGCGUGACUUUUCAAGAAAUGUUCAGGCUUCAGAAAAUCAACACUUGGCUGGUGAUCAAGCGGAACAAUCCGAAAAACUCGCAAGAAGAAAACGGCGUCGACACCAAAAUGUCGCUGAUAUAACAGUUGCAGAGUGCUGAGGUUUUAUAGAAGAAGAAUAACCUUAGCACAACAGGCAAUUAGAAAUUUCUAACUUGAGAAUUUUUUAUUGUUAAAAGUAAAGUUUGUGCCCACUGUGAUAAUAUUAGAUUUAUGUAAAAAAUAUAAUAUGAUAUGCCUGGAGGAAUUUUAUUAAUAGGGCUCCAUUGUUCGAUUUUCCUCAAAGCAUUCCUUUGACCUCUUCAGAAAAACUAAUAUUAAUGUAAUCAAUACCUAAACGUCCUCUGAAUAGAGACGAAAAAUGAUAAGUAUAGAAGGGAUAGAAUAUCCUAUUGAAUGAUAUUUUCCUUUUUUUCGUCUAAAAUCGAAGACCUUUUAAGGUCAGGUUAUCCAACUUUACUUUUCACAUCUGCCUCUAAAUUUCAUUGAAAUGAAACUGGAAAUGUCUCCCUGCAUCAACGUUUCGUGUUCAAUUAAAAACAUCCUCAGUUUCAAUUAUUAAUUAAAUUAAACUUGAAGAUUACAAUGAUUAUUUGCUAGAAGUGGGGACAAGGAGAUUUUGUGCUAAAUUAUCUCAUAGGCUAAGUCCCAAAGAAUGUUUAUCUUCGUCUCUCUGCUUAAGAGACCAUUGUUGAAAACUUUCGCAUAUUUAGACGAAGAAAUUAUUUAUAAUAUUAUCUAGGAUAUUGAAGAAACUGUACAUUUUGUGAAUAUUUUUCUAUGUAUUUCUAUUUUUUCAUAUAAUAUGUGUUUAAUAAAUGUUUAUCUACCUAGAAUCUUCCCAAUAACUUCUCUGCAUUUGAGGUAUAGGCAAUUGUAUAAUUGAAAUAAAAAAUGUUACCCAUUGCAAAUAAGCAUAACUUCGCUGUAUGUAUAAAAGCUAUGUAUUUUGUAUGUAAUAAAUAAAACUUCUAUAAAACAAAUAUAUGACAUUUAUUUGAAGAAGAAAAAAUGAUCAAAAGAAUACGUACAAUUGUACUAAAACAGGUAAGUACACACAUAGAAUUUUUAGCCAAUGAAUUUGUUUAUCCACAAUUUUUUUUUGUGUGUGUUUUAUGUUUCUCUUAAUAGUGCAGCAGCUUAGCUACGAUAUUUCAACACAUUGUGCACUUUUUGAUAAAGGCACCAAAUUUGGCACAGAGGUAGAUCGGUGUAAUAUGAACAAAUCUGGAUGUGGAGCCAUCGGCCAACUGCCCCCGGCGGCCAUGGCGGCGAUUUAAUAGCCAGUGGACACUCCGAAAGACAACGGAUAAGAUAAAGUUUGCUACUGAAGGUUUUAGUGAAUGUUUAUUGAUUGUUUUGAAUGAAAACAUACCUGCCGGUUUUUAAGUUAUACAGGGUUGGGCACGAAAAAAUUCCAACCUAUGUUUUCUCAGUUCUUGUCUCAGAUUUCAGGUGAUUAAUCAAAAAUCGCUCGGACACGUUAUUUUUUGUUUUUUAAGGGACACAUUUUAUCAUUCAUACCCGCAAAAUUUCAAGUGGAAAGGGGGUUCGAGUGAUCCAUCAAAUUGCGUAUCACCUGACCCCCCUUUCUGUUCAAAAUUUUGUUGGUACCCCUACCUGUCACCCCUGCUCAGAUGUUGACAGGUAGGGGGUGAAAAUAUCAAUAACUGGUCGAGCGACUUUUGAUUGUCCCACGACAUUUUACCCAAUUUUCCCACCCAGGUUUUCUCAGAUGUUAGGUGAAUAAUCAAAAAACGCUCGACCAUUUUAUUGGUAUUUUCACCCCCCUACCUGUCAACCCCUAAGCGGGGGUGACACGUACCCCCAAAAUUUCAAAUUAGGCUCUCCAAACCACGUGAUUUUUCAAUAUGGCGACAGUGGAAAAUUUGACGUUUGUUUGUUUAUCUUGAGUUUAUUUGGAAUAUUUUCAAGCUAAUUAGAGUUUACUUUGUUAUAAUAUACUUUUUUUUACUACUAACCUGAGAAGUAGUCAUUAUUCAAUCUAUUUUUCUCGGAAAAAAUUGAAUAUCUCUCCCUAGGUUAAUAAUGAAAAUAAUGAAAAAAAACCUAGGUCAAUAAUGAAAAUGACGUCAUGACGCAAGGAUAUUGUCAUAACGUUACAGGUUUCUAUUGGUUUAAUUUCAAUUUCAAACUGUCAAUUUAAUCAAAAAAACAGGUUCCUGUAUGUAUCAUAGGAAAUUACCAUAGAUGUUGAUAGAGGGCAGCACUUCCAACUAGAAAAAAUAAUUUGAGCACAGAUUUCAAACUUAUUUUUUAUUUUCUACUAUAGCAGUAGUAACAAAAAUUCUAUAUAUUCCACGGUAGAGAAAGUCAUUAUAUACCUUACGCGCCGAGGUUUAUAAAAGCGCUCGGUAUAUAAAGACCAACUUCUCUACCUAGGUAUAUAAUGUACUAUUUGAGAUGCAGAGUGAAUAUUUAAAGACUUGAAUGCAGGAAAAUCGGGAUGUGGACGAACGGUUAGUUUGAAAAAAUGUCCAGUUGACAUUUUGACCCACAUUUUUCAUAAAUUUCACAUCAAUGAGCAAAUGAAGGCCUACAAAAGCUUAGAUUCUCACAAGUAUUUUGAGUCUGGCUUAAUUUUGGAUGCAGGAACAGUGGUAGUGAAAAAUUUUCACGUUUUAAUUGGAAAAUUUUGUAACAGAGGGCAAUGAAAAAAGCCUGACUUCAUCUUUGUUAGGUACCUUGUUGUAACUACUUCUACAAUCAACUACAAGACACGUUUGUGGCAUUUUUAAUUACAAGAUACACUAAUGAAGUCAAUAAAAUAAAAAAAUAAAUAGAGUUCAUUCACAAAACAACCACAAAAUGCACUUUAAAAAGCUUUAAAUUCCAUACUCUCAUAUAAAAGAUAAUGAACUUCCGCCCACAACGCACUUUUUGACAGGUCGUUGGAAUGCCUGAUAGAAAGGGGGGUCGAGUGAUAUGUCAUUCGAUGGAAGGUUUUAUUAAGAUUAUAUCCUCGAAAUUUUAAGUCGCGGCAGGGUAAAUAGUCCCUGCCGAAAUGGCGACUCGUCAAAGUUAAGAAAUAUCGAGGGGUGAACCACUCACGAAAAAACGUACAGUGAUUUUCAGUUUCUAGGAAUACUUCUCAAAUUUGGACAGUAUUUUCAAGUAUUCCUCCUCGUAUUCUCCAGUAUUCCCAAGUAUUCCCCCUUGUAUUCCCCGAAGGGUCAAGUUGGUUAACUUGAACAGCGAUAUAACUAGGCCAUAUGCCAAUUUUUGGCUUGUUAUUGAAAUUUGAAUUUCCCACGCAUAAAAAUUCGUUACAAGUGUGUCUCAUUUAUAUCCUGAAUUAAAGGUAUUUUCUCGUGUCUCAAAGUUUUGAAACAUUUUCCGAAACUGGUUUAAAACAGUUUCACAAUGACGUCACAACUUUUCGGCGCGAGAAAAUUAUUUUAAAACAAAGAAUGUAUUGUAUUUCGAAACGGUUAGAACCAAUUUUGAUGUGACCUCAUGGGUUCAUCGCGAGAAUAUACUGUUUCAAAUCUGUUUCGAACCAGUUUCAAAAAAGUGAACGCGAGAAAACAGCUUUGUUUCUGAGAAAAACAUUGAAAUUUGUUACUUUUACAAAGUGACUCAUAACAACAAGUGACAGAAGUUUGGAUUUUAAUCCAUGAUUACAUGAUUAGUAAUUACAGUGAAUAAUAUUGCAUUGAGCAUGUUCAACCGUGAGAGAAAGAUGUUGAUGUGAAGAGCAAAUAUGGUCAGGAAUUAUAUCCGUAGAACCUCUAAAGUUCGGAAGGUGGAACAUACACCAAGUUGGCCCUGAAAAACCAAUUGAAGAUGUCCAAAACACUGAGAGAACAAUAUACGGUGCUACCAAUGACGUUUUCUAUGACAUCUCAAGAUCCGCAAUGAGAUUCAAAAUAUUUGGAACCAGAGGAAAAAGUAUACACCGUGAUAUACGUAGCCUGCGCAUUAGAAGUUGUCCAGUUUGCAGGUGGAUUAGUAGAAAUAACAUCUAAUCCACCUGCAAGCUAAUGCACGGGCUACGUAAAUCACCCUGUAUUGUCGGUAGCAGAAUAAGGUGGUGGAGGAAUAUAUUAAUAAAGUUGAAGAAAAACUGUUCAUUGUGCUGCACACGAUGCAGAAAUGGAGAUAUGAAUUAUUUACAAAGAAAAUAGGUUUCCUAUUUUAUUUUUUGUUCAUUUUAUUAAACGUUAUAUUCUCACGACAAAGUAAUACAUUUCUUGCAUCUCCCAUAUUUCCCAUAUUUCUUGAGCAAAAAAAAAAAUAAAAUUUGGUAUAGGAUCUUUGGAACAGUUGACCAAAAAAAAUUGGAACACUCAACCAAAGUCAAAGUGGACACUGAACCAGAAUGAACAUGCACGCAAUGGAAAUUCCCUAAAAUACGUUGAUAGUGGGGUUGGAAAUUAUAGAAAUUUACUUCCUGAAGAAAUUCCAACUCACGACGGCCAUUAAGUCCGAACGAAAACACUUUAUCAAUAAACCUGGGCCGCGAAAGCCUCACAUACUUAAUUAACAAGUACUUCCAUGUAUUUCCAAAUUAUUCCCAUGUACUUCCAGAGUCUUCUCAUAUACUUCCAGAGUAUUCCCAAAGAUUUCCAAGUAUUUCUAGGUAUUUCCAGAGUAUUACCAAGUAUCUCAAGGUAUUCCCAAAGUAUUCCCAGCAAAGUGUACAGUGAUUUCCAUGAACGAUUUACCCCUCGGGUAAUAUGUAGUUUAUUGUAUCACUCGAAUACGUUCCUUUCCAUUUGAAAUUUUGCGGGUAGAAAGUGGAAAUACCAAUAAAAUGUGUCUCUCAAAAAACAAAAAUUGACGCGUCUGAGUAAUUUUUGAUUAAUCAUCUAACACCUGAGAAAACAUUGGUGGGAAGUUUUUCGUGCCCCACCCUGUAUAACUUAGAAACUAUUUGGCAUGUUCUCAUUGAAAACAAUGAAUAAACAUCCACUAAAACCUUCAGCAGCAAACUUUAUCUAACUUUCGUUGUCUUUCAGGGUGUCCACUGGCGGCCAUUUUAGAAAUUCGCCGCCACGGUCGCCUGGGGGCAGUUGAUCGAUGGUUCCACAUCCAAAGUUGUUCAUAUUACAUCGGUCUACUUUUGUGCCAAAUUUGAUGCCUUUAUCAAAAAGUGCACAAUCGGUUAACUAAUCCGCUGUACUAUAAAUCAGAAGUGUUGCAAAAAUCUUGUAAGCUCCUAGCAUAAAAAAGUAUAACUUAGUGUGUGGACGUAAAAAAAAACAAUCACAGAAAAAUUUAAAUCAAUUUUCGACUUAAUGUAAAUGUAAUAACUCUUAUUUUCGGUAUUGUAUCAUGUGCUGGAUCAAUUUAAUACUGAUUAUUGUUAGAAUGUUUGUUAGGUAUAUCAAUAAUUUAAUACUGUAAGGAUUUUGGUAUGAUCAAGUUCUAAGUAUGAGCACUUUGGUGAUUCGUUUUCUUUUUUUUGUCAAUGUUCAACACUCAUCAAACUUCACAUUUAUCUUUCAUUGUAAACCCACCUUCUUGAACGUAGUUUUCCUUCGUUUGGCAGCUGCAGUUUAGGUGAUUUUCUACUACGAUAUAUUUUUCUACAGGCGCGUCGAACGAUAUGUAUUGAAAUUUGAAUUUUAUACAAAUCUGUUCUUUUUUGCUAGCUGUACAAAGUUGGGUGUUUGGACAACAGCCUCC